CCUCAGCGUCCAUCAUGCCGCAGGUAAGUCACAGGUGAGUUCCUUGACGUCAUACAGGAAGUGGACAGAGGGACAUUGGAGCUGCUGCUUGCGUGUUGUCGCAAAGGCGCUCUACAACAGUUUUGUUUUGGAAGGGUUUUUUUCCCAAAGUGAUACUUGUGACACAGCAGAGGAAUGUGUACUUCUGAUAAGGACAAAGGGCCAAGGAGGCUGAUGAGAAAGGGGCUCACUCUCAUCCUGAUCGGCCAUAUUAACUUCAUCCUCGGAGCGAUUGUCCAUGGCAAUGUCCUCCGUCACAUUUCCAAACCCAACCAGCACAUCACCACUGAAUACACUGUAGCCAACAUCAUCUCAGUCACCUCUGGCCUGCUGAGCAUUGCCACUGGGAUUAUUGCCAUCUUGAUGUCAAGAAACAUUCGCGUGGUAAAACUGCAAAUAGGGCUUCUAACUGCAUCAUUCCUGAAUGCCCUGCUCUCAGCAGCGUGCUCAGCUGGGCUCCUCUUGGCCAUCAGUGUAACAAUUGCCAGCAAUGGACAGGGUUUGAUGCUGGGAUGCAAUGACACACAGUUGCCCAUCAACGCUCGGUCACCUGUCAGUGCCAGAUGCCCAUUUGAUACAACACGAAUCUAUGACACCACCCUGGCGCUGUGGAUCCCUUGUGCUGUGUUUUCAGCGUUUGAGGCUGGACUGUCUGUUUGGUGCUUCAUCGUUGGAUUGGCUCUCAGAGGGUUGGCACCCUGUGGGAAUAGCUACAUCAAAGAGCAGAUGGAGGAGGAAAAUGAAUGUUCUCCCCAGAGCCAACGCCUGAUUGGACAGCGUUUCAACCCUGAUGCCUAACUGAGCAGGAAGGCCCCACUCCUAGUAGUGAAACACAGCUAAAUCCCAAAGUCAUUGUUGUACGUGCAUUUUGCCCUACAGUCAGCGAGGUGAGUGACUGUGGAUUGAGUGAAGUUAUAAGACACCUCUUCUUGAUUUGAAGUAUAUAAGAGCCACAGAGAUGGUUAUUAAUUGGCUCUGUUUGAUUUCAUUUACAAACAAAACUGUUCAUCUUGUGUCUAAAGCUGUGAGCAGAAUACAUUUUGGGUUAAUGUCAAUGGAUCUGCACUGGAUGAACACAUCAAUGGUAAAUUCAUUGAAAUGCAGAUUUUUUUGCACGGAUACUGGGAUUCAGCUUGCCUGUACGUCUGUGGAAGCUACAGUGAGAUAUAAAUGGUGUCCUAACAGUUUCCACCCACGACUUUUUGGGUUCAGUCAUGCCAAAUAUGUCUUUCAGUAUGAAGAAAUCUUUCUUUAUGAAGAAGGUCGAUUUUUAUAGCAACAGGUUAGACUAUUUAAGCUUGGAUGAACUCCCAUUUCAGCAGCAUGUUAUUGUUGAAAAUAUUUUUGAUACUUUAUAGUUUGUGCAGAUUCUGAACCACUCCAUUGCAUCUUAGAUGUGUUCAUGCUAGUUGCUUAUGCACACUGGUAAAUUGUAAUGUGGAGUAAUGUCAUAUAAACCGAUAUGUUUUCUAUAAAAUUCCAGAUUAUCUUUAAUGCUUUGUAGAAACAGUAUGCAGCCUCACUCUAAAUAGGACAUGCUAAAUUGCACCUUUUGAAAAUAGUUUAAUUAAAGGACAGCUACAGUAAGGGACUCAUUCAGGAGUCAUUUCAGCUGUGGUAUAAUGUUGUAGGUAAACCACUGACUAGUUAAACAUGCCAGAUACAGCAAAUGUACUAACUGUAUGUUUUUUUUUAAUCUACAUAUCUUGUUCAUUUUUUCAUUUAUUUUUAGUUGUUCUCUGACGACAUCAUUAUUUGUCAGCCUUGAGCUAAAAUAUAUUGAAUUCUUUUUUUAGAAAAACAUUUUAAUCAAUCUGGGCUGCAUCAUAGCUGUGUAUGGAUUGAGUGCAUUUGCGUAUGUGCAGUAUAUUGUCGUUGAAUGUCAACUGGGAUCAUAGUGGUAAACCAGUAUGUAGGCCAGCUGCCUCUCAGCGGACACACAGCUCAGACCCCCCACAGGUCAACGACAGAGAAGAUCAGAUCAGCCAUGAAACGGUUAAUCUAGUACCGUGCUCAAUUGUGUGGAAGAGAAUCAUAGCACGCUGUACUAAUCCUCAGGCUGUAAGGGAUAAAUAUUGACAUAGUGUUGACUGAUACAAUCACAACAAGUCUGUUGGGCCAUUUCUGUCAGUAUGGCAUUGAUGUCACACAGACAAGCUUACUGUAAUAUCAGGACAGAUCAAUUGAAGUGGUUUGAUGUGGUAGUGGCCUGAUUUGUUAGCAUUAGUAAUGGAUCUCCUAUAGCUGAGGUUUGCUAAAAAUGCAGUCCAUUUAUAAAUUUAAUCAUGAUUCUUAUUUUUAUUUCCGUCUAAAAUAACAAAAAAAAGACCAAUCACAUAUGAAAGGGUAUUAAUUACUACCUUGAUUAUUUGGGAUAAAAUGAGGCUGUGUUAUUUUCUUGAAAUGGGCUGGCUGAAUUGAGAACCUGCAUUUAAUACAAACAUUUAACUGGUGUUGACUGCAUCUCUCUGCUCUGUCAUUGAAUGUAUACGUAUCCAUAGCUAAAUCAAAUGUGUUAAUUAGUUUAUAUCCCCAAUGUACUUCAGUACACCACUGUGUCACAGACUGACAUACUGUCAGUAACAGAUAAAAAUUUAAAAUGAAUUGCUUUGAAUUUUAGGCAGACUUCAAAUGCACUUAUCAGACUGAAUGGAUAGUCUUAACAUUUUUGGUGGGAAGAACAAGGGAAAUGUAAACUCUUGAAAUAACCUGAGCCAAAUAGUGUCACCACUCAUCUUCUUCCCUGAUUCAGCCUAACUGCAAAGUCUUUGAUGUGUAACAGCAAUUAAUUUCCAGAUUUUAUUUUUAAAUUGACAAAUGUGAAUGUAGGCCUACUGUACAUUUUGUUAUUUGCGCUAUGGUUUUCUUGAAGUGUACACAUUUCCAUGCAUAUUUUUAAUAAAGGUUUUUGAUAAUGG